UCUGGGUACUAAUACGCUGUUGCUAUGGAAACAUCGUGGCCUAGAAACUAAACAGGUACUGUCGCAAGGCAGAAAAACAUUUGAGGGAAGUGGAAAAUACCGCCUUAUAACAACGUCGUUCUUGCGUCUUUAUAUUGGAGUAAGAUCAUGGGGACUUCAAUGAAAUCAAAGGAACUUCGCCAGAAGCUUGAUCGUGAAUAUCAAGAAACACUACCAGGAAAGGGAGCCAAGACAUCAGACUUUUAUAAAGUAAACAGUAUACCCUCAAGGUUUGACAAUCCAGACUUGGAUGAAAAAUCUCAGGAUCAAACUCCUAAUAACCUUGGAAAUCCUGUCUUCACAUGUCAGUUAAACUCUGUAGCACCAGUCUUGACUUCUAAAGAUAUGUUUGAUGGAUAUAACAGAAAAGAGUCACAUCCAAUGUAUAGAACAAGUGGCAGUGAUUAUGGCGCAGUGAGCCCAACAGUACAUACAAUGCCUUCAUCCUUUCAUGCCAAAAGCCAGACUUUCACAGAAAAUUUAGGAAAAUGUGGAAUGUAUAGAAACAAUUCACUUAAUACUGCUGUAGAUAAAAGCAGAGCAUCAAGUCAUCAUGAUGGUUUAUUUUAAAUAUUCCUUUGUGAUGCUCGCAUCAAAUUUAUUUAGAUAUUAAACUGACUAGUUUGUAAUUUUCUUAACAGCUAAACAAUUUCUCCUAUUCUAUGUAUUUUUCAGUUCAUUUAGUCAAGGGUUAAAAUAUUUAAUCAUUUUCAAGA